UUACAAAAAUAUUUUCACGAUUGUUUCUUCUCUAUCUCUCUCUAUCUCCGGCGGCCGUGAAACCAUGUGGUCGGCGACGCUCUCUUUCCCUUCCUUUGUGGCUCCUACUUCUUCUUCUCUACACAGUUUCAGGAAGCCUAGAUUUCCGAAGAUCAAAGCUUCGCUAUCUAAUUACCCUCUCGCUAGCAAAAUCAUGGUCAGAAAUUUACCGUUUUCUACUAGUGAAGAAUUUCUGCAGAGGGAAUUUUCAGCUUUUGGCGAGAUAGCUGAAGUCAAGCUUAUCAAAGAUGAGUCAAUGAAGAGAUCAAAAGGUUAUGCCUUUAUUCAAUUCAUGUCUCAAGACGACGCUUUCCUAGCACUAGAGACCAUGGACCGUAGGAUGUACAAUGGCAGGAUGAUUUAUAUAGACAUUGCUAAACCAGGGAAGCGUGAUUUCCAACAGCAACCGAGGACUUCUGGUCCACCCGAGAAGCUCCAGGUGCCAGAAGAAUCAGCCAAUAACGAGGUCGCUGAUUGUUGGUAUUAGUUGUUAGCAAUCAACUUCACCAAACUGAACUUGCAAUUAUAUAUAUAUGAUUAUUUAGAGAAUAAUGAGUCAAAUCUGUAUUCCUCAUUAGGAGACAAAUGAUCAGUAUGUAGAAUGUUAUCUUACUGAUAAACGAUUACUGACACAGU